ACUGCUGCCUGUUCAGCAGCAGGUUGUGUUUUCAGGAUGAAGUCUGCUGCUCUGUUUCUGCUGUUCUCUCUCUGGUCAUCUCCAUUCAGUCGGGGACAGUCGGCGGCUUCUGUCCCCCAGGAGGACGACACAGGGACGGGGGCUGAAGUCCCUCCACAGCUCCCUGUCCUCUGGGACGAGCUGCGGGGGCUGAAGGCGCUGGUCCUGAGCCUGAAGGUGGAGGAGGUUGAGCGGCGUCUGGCCCUGCGGCACAUGGAGAGCCGGCUGAGGGACGUAGAGGUGGGGGCUGAGCAGCAGAGACGGAGCCUGGACGGACUGGAGGAGACGGUGGUCCGACAGACGGAGGAGCUGAGCAGCAGCGAGGAGAGGACGGAGGAGGACAGGAAGCUGCUGAUGGAGCUGAACUCAGAUCUGAGGAUGAAAGUGGAGAUGCUGGAGGAGCAGAGCAAAGCGCUUCAGUCCGGACUGAACGCCAGCGAGAGCUCGCUGGAGAACCUGCAGAAGAAGAACACAGCUCUGUCGGCAGAGCUGCCGUUCCUGCAGACGAGACUGAGGGCCAGUGAGAGCACAGUGGAGCAGCUGAGGAGGAAGAGUGAAGUCUUGGCCGUCAGACUGUGUCACACUGAGACUCUGACAGAGGAGCUGAGGAGACAGAUCUCAGUGUCUGCAGCCGCCAACGCUUCAUCUGAGUCUGAGGAGUCCGACCGCCAGCUGGUCGUCCGUCUGCGGGAGCUGGACACAAACUCUGAAGCUCUUCAGAGUCGAGUGAAUUCACUGGAGGAAAAACUGAACUCAUCUGCAGAGAGAGAGCAGCUCAGUGUCAUCCUGGAUCAGGUGUCAGAGGUGAGGACCAGACUGGACUCCAGUCAGCUGAACCUGGACCAGCUGCAGAGAGACUCUGCAGGUCGAUUGGUUUCUGUGGAGAGUCGACUGAGGGAAGCAGAGAGACACCUGGACGAGCUGCAGACAGCUCAUACAUCUGAGGUUUCUGCUGUGAAGUCCAGACUGACAGAGACUGAGACUCAGACGACAGCUCAGGCCGAGUCAGUGCAGCAGCUGCAGGUCAGACUGAACUCUGCUGAGAGUCGAGCUCAGCAGCUGCUCACUGAGCAGACAGAUCAAACCUCCAGACUGACCAACCUGCAGAGAAAACUCAACUCAACAGAGAGUCUGCUGGACCAACUGAACACAGAGCUGGAGGUCAGACUGAGAGUCAGUGAGAAACAGCUGGAACACCUGGUGACAGAGAACACAGUUCAGUCUGUUCAGCUCUCUCUGAUGGAGUCCAGACUGACAGACACCAACAACAACACCACAGAGCUGGAAGUGAUACUGAGAGUCAAUGAGAAACGGCUGGAACACCUGGAGACAGAGAACACAGUUCAGUCUGCUCAGUUUUCCCUGAUGGAGUCCAGACUGUCAGAAAGCAACAACAACACCACAGCUCUGCACGUCAGACUGAGAUCCACUGAGACACAUCUGGAACAGCUGGACACUCACACUGCAGGUCUGGAGGUGAGACUGAGAGUCAGUGAGAAACAGCUGGAACAUCUGGAGACAGAGAACUCAGUUCAGUCUGCUCAGCUCUCCCUGAUCGGCUCUAGACUGACAGAUACCAACAACAACACCACAGAGCUGGAGGUGAGACUGAGAGUCAGUGAGAAACAGCUGGAACACCUGGAGACAGAGAACACAGAGCUGGAGGUCAGACUGAGAGUCGCUGAGAAACAGCUAGAACACCUGGAGACAGAGAACACAGUUCACUCUGCUCAGUUUUCCCUGAUGGAGUCCAGACAGUCAGAAAGCAACAACAACACCACAGCUCUGGACGUCAGACUUAGAUCCACUGAGACACAUCUGGAACAGCUGGAGACUCACACUGCAGGUCUGGAGGUGAGACUGAGAGUCAGUGAGAAACAGCUGGAACAUCUGGAGACAGAGAACUCAGUUCAGUCUGUUCAGUUUUCCCUGAUGGAGUCCAGACUGUCAGAAAGCAACAACAACACCACAGCUCUGGAUGUCAGACUGAGAUCCACUGAGACACAUCUGGAACAGCUGGACACUCACACUGCAGGUCUGGAGGUGAGACUGAGAGUCAGUGAGAAACAGCUGGAACAUCUGGAGACAGAGAACUCAGUUCAGUUUGUUCAGUUUUCCCUGAUUGACUCCAGACUGACAGAUACCAACAACAACACCACAGAGCUGGAGGUGAGACUGGGAGUCAGUGAAAAACAGCUGGAACACCUGGAGACAGAAAACACAGAGCUGGAGGUCAGACUGAGAGUCGCAGAGAAACAGCUGGAACACCUGAGGACAGAGAACACAGUUCAGUCUGCUCAGUUUUCCCUGAUGGAGUCCAGACUGUCAGAAAGCAACAACAACACCACAGCAGCUCUGCACGUCCGACUGAGAUCCACUGAGACACAUCUGGAACAGCUGGAGACUCGCACUGCAGGUCUGGAGGUGAGACUGAGAGUCAGUGAGAAACAGCUGGAACAUCUGGAGACAGAGAACUCAGUUCAGUCUGUUCAGUUUUCCCUGAUGGAGUCCAGACUGUCAGAAAGCAACAACAACACCACAGCUCUGGAUGUCAGACUGAGAUCCACUGAGACACAUCUGGAACAGCUGGAGACUCACACUGCAGGUCUGGAGGUGAGACUGAGAGUCAGUGAGAAACAGCUGGAACAUCUGGAGACAGAGAACUCAGUUCAGUCUGCUCAGCUCUCCCUGAUCGGCUCCAGACUGACAGAUACCAACAACAACACCACAGAGCUGGAGGUGAGACUGAGAGACAGUGAGAAACAGCUGGAACACCUGGAGACCGAGAACACAGAGCUGGAGGUCAGACUGAGAGUCGCUGAGAAACAGCUAGAACACCUGGAGACAGAGAACACAGUUCACUCUGCUCAGUUUUCCCUGAUGGAGUCCAGACAGUCAGAAAGCAACAACAACACCACAGCUCUGGACGUCAGACUUAGAUCCACUGAGACACAUCUGGAACAGCUGGAGACUCACACUGCAGGUCUGGAGGUGAGACUGAGAGUCAGUGAGAAACAGCUGGAACAUCUGGAGACAGAGAACUCAGUUCAGUCUGCUCAGCUCUCCCUGAUCGGCUCUAGACUGACAGAUACCAACAACAACGCCACAGAGCUGGAGGUGAGACUGAGAGUCAGUGAGAAACAGCUGGAACACCUGGAGACAGAGAACACAGAGCUGGAGGUCAGACUGAGAGUUGCUGAGAAACAGCUGGAACAUCUGGAGACAGAGAACACAGUUCAGUCUGCUCAGUUUUCCCUGAUGGAGUCCAGACUGUCAGAAAGCAACAACAACACCACAGAGCUGGAGGUCAGACUGAGAGUUACUGAGAAACAGCUAGAACACCUGGAGACAGAGAACACAGAUCAAACCUCCAGACUGACCAACCUGCAGAGAAAACUCAACUCAACAGAGAGUCUGCUGGCCCAACUGAACACAGAGCUGGAGGUCAGACUGAGAGUCAGUGAGAAACAGCUGGAACACCUGGUGACAGAGAACACAGUUCAGUCUGCUCAGUUUUCCCUGAUGGAGUCCAGACUGUCAGAAAGCAAAAACAACACCACAGAGGUGGAGUUCAGACUGAGAGUCACUGAGAAACAGCUGGAACACCUGGAGACAGAAAACACAGUUCAGUUUUCCCUGAUGGAGUCCAGACUGAUGGACACCAACAACAACACCACAGCUCUGGAUGUCAGACUGAGAUCCACUGAGACACAUCUGGAACAGCUGGAGACUCACACUGCAGGUCUGGAGGUGAGACUGAGAGUCAGUGAGAAACAGCUGGAACACCUGGAGACAGAGAACACAGAGCAGGGAGCGGAGCUGUCAGCUGUGACGCUCAGACUGAACCACACUGAGGAGCAGCUGGACGAGCUGACAACACAACACACAGUCAGAGCUGCUGAGCUGGCGUCAGUUAGUGACAGAGUGACGACAGCUCAGAGAGACACUCGAGUGCUGCAGGUCCGGCUGACAGCUGCUGAGGCCGACGCGAACCAGCUGAAGAUGAAGAGCGAAGAGCUGGAGGUGAGACUGAGAGUUGGUGAGAAACAGCUGGAACACCUGGACACAGAGAGCACAGGUUUGAGCCUCAGACUGAAUGUGACUGACGAUCGUCUGCAGCAGAUCAUAAACUCAAACUCAGAUGAGCUGAAGGUGGCGUUUUCAGCCGGUCUGACUGAUUCAGGGUCAGUUGGACCGUUCGAUGAGGAGACGACUCUGAUCUUCUCUAAAACCAUCAGCAACGUGGGUCGAGCCUACAACCAGACUGCAGGUGUGUUCACGGCUCCUGUCAGAGGCGUUUACUUCUUCUGCUUCACGGCUGCAGAUUACCUGAAGGGCUACAUGGGCCUUUACCUGUACAGGAACGACCAGCCAGUCAUUUUCAACCUUGAGCUCAACGACCACGGCGGCUACGCUUCCACGUCCAAUAGCGUGGCUCUGCAGCUGGAGGAGGGCGACAGAGUCCGCCUCAGUCUGCCGGCCAGCUACCGGCUCUACGACGACUCCCGGAACUUCAGCCUCUUCUCUGGAUUCCUGCUGUUCCCGCUCUGACGGUCCCAGGAUCAGGGUACGAGUGAGACGUCACACUGGAAUAUAAAGGCUGGACUUUUGUUUUGGUAGGGUGGGUGAUUUCCUGUGGCUACAGCCAGAAUGAAUAGAGAAAAUAAUGAUGUGAUGUUGCAUCUAUGAAGCUGAUGAACUAUAAUAAUAAAGCUUCUGUUUGAGAUCUGAGUCUGAACUGAACCAAGAGGAUCAAUAAUAAUAAUAAUAAUAAAUUACUAAAAACAUUUCCAAAACAUCAGAGCUCAUAUUUCAGCAUCAGGUCGAGCAGUGGCAACAAAGAACAAGUCAAACAAUAAAGGUUCAGCUUCAUUCUUGACUCCGGAAACAGCAGCAAUAUCAUGUCCAUUUAGUAGCUUUUCUGGAGCUUUCGGUCGUCUCAUCAGCGAAGGGAGAAACAUUCAGAUUAAAAUGUUCUGAUACAUUUAUGUAGAAAUAUUCAGUGACACGUGAAAGUUGAGUAUUUAAAAUGCUGCUUUGGAAAAAUCAAAGUCUGUGACUGAGACAAAGUCCAGGCCAUAAAUAUUUGGACACUUCAGCACAUUCAGUUUGAACUGAAGGGAUGGAUCCUCAGCUUUAAUCUGAUAUAAUAUUUCACUACAGCUGUUUCCACAACAGCUGAUCACUG